AUGAAAUCAAUCAUCGGAUUGAGCGCCCUGGGCGGCGCUCUAGCAUUGUCGUCGAAUGCACAUAUCGGAUUCGCUGCGCAACAACCUCUUUUACACAAUGUUUGCCCUGCAAACUUUGUCCUACACAAUGAAGAAUGCCGGCCCUCAGUGCAGGUUACCUUGUCGCCGCCGGCGCCGGCUUUCGAAUCAAACACCUCACAAAUUGCGCCAUUCACAAAUUCGCUAGAAGACGCGCAAAAGUUAGCCUCACAAGCCGAAAACUUCCCCUGGUCCUACUGGCCGGAAUGCUUCACUCCAAAAGACGAAAAUGACACCGACACCAACCCCUUCUGCGUCUUCACCAACACGACCUUCGCAUCAGGACGCGGCAUCUCCAUUGUCACCACCAAAACCAACGCCUACUCGAUACUGGAAAACCACGCCUUCACCGACCCGGCCUCCCUCAUCCGCAGCAACAAUUACCAAAACCCGCCUUACUACCAACACGACUUCCCCGGCAAAGGCCGCGGCCUAGUCGCAAACAAAACCCUCAACCGCGGCGACCAAAUCCUCGCCUCGACCCCAAUCCUCAUCACCGACGUCGACCUCGACGAACUACCCGAACCCGAACGUCUCGCUCUUCUCUACCGCGCCGUCGACUCUCUACCACCCCAUUCGCAAUCCCUCUUCUGGACACUAAUGGGGCGCUCCGCGCCAGGCGAAGACGACCCCGUCGACGACCGCCUGACCACAAACUACUUCGAGCUGACCCUCUCCGGGGAAACGCUGUCGGGCCUCUUCCCAGAAAUCGCAAUGAUGAACCACGACUGCCGCCCCAACGCUGCGUAUUUCUUCGACGAAGACACCAUGACGCACUACGUGCAUGCUAUCCGGCCCAUCUACCCGGGCGAGGAGAUUACCAUUACGUAUAUCAACAAUGAAGUCACGCGGGUGCGGCGCAUGGGCAGAUUAAGGGUGAAUUGGGGCUUUACCUGUGCGUGCUCGGCGUGCAGUGCGCAUCCGCUUGUUACUGCGGAGAGCGAUGCGCGGGUUUUGCAGAUUGAAGAGGUGCAGAAGACGCUGAAUGACUGGAGCAACACGUCGGCUGCGACGCCCGAGUUGGCGGAGCUGCUGGUGAGCUUGUUUGAGCAGGAGAGGCUGCAUGCGGGGCUUGCGACGGCCUACCAGCAUGCGGCCGAGGUGUAUGCGAGUUUUGGGCGGAAGUGGGAGACGGUGCGGUAUGCGAGGCGGAGUUUGGAACUUACGCUGUUGGAUAAAGGAUGGGCGGAUCGGGAUGUAGCGGCGACGAGGAGGAUGGCGAGGGAGCCAGAGAAGUCGUGGGCUUGGGGGAGGAGAGUUGGGCUUAUCAAGGAAGAGAAGUCUUGUGGAUGCGGGAAGGAUCACGAUCAUUUAUGA